AAAAGAAAAAAAGGAAUUGUAGAAUAUGAAUGAUUGAAGUGUAUGGUAUGAGAGGCUAUUCUAUUUAUAAGGCGCUCAUCUGUUUUCAUCACUCCGCCUUGGCCCUUGCGUUUUCCAGAUCUGCUUCUCUCACAUCCACAGCCACAGCCACAGCCACAGGCGGAGAUUAGAUUUUACCUUUCAGACAGCAGUUGAAGAACAUGGGUCGUGGAGUUAGCAGUGGUGGUGGUCAAAGUUCUUUGGGUUAUCUUUUUGGCAGUGGAGAGGCCCCAAAACCAGCAACAAAUAAUGCCCCACCUGAAGGGCAGACUGUAAAUAAUGCGCCUCCUUCAAAACCAGCUGCUGCUCCUCCUUCAAAACCAGCUGCUGCUCCUAAAACAAUAGACCCAAACAAGCCUGCUGGUAUCAAUAGUAAUUCUGUAGAUGGCCUGAACACCGGCAACUUCAUCACGGACCGACCCUCAACCAAGGUCCAUGCUGCCCCUGGUGGUGGCUCUUCUCUGGGGUACCUCUUUGGUGGGCCUGGGGAUGCAAAAUGAUACCUUUUGAGACAAUAUUUUGCAUGAAGAAUGAUUGCUUUUAAAAUUUAAGUCGUGGAAACAUAAUGAAAGAUAUGGUGUAUUAUAGGUUAUGGUUGCUGGGAUAAGUCGAUCAAGAAUGCUCUGUCCUAAACAUCUAUUACAGAACUGUGUUUGUCAGAAACAAAUAUUUCUAUUAUGAAGUGCACAUUUUGCUUCUA